AUGAUAGUUGAGAAGAAAUCUACUCAAAAGGCCAUCAUGAAAUUUGGUGGCAAUUGGCAAUUGACAAUUGAUAAAUUGGAAGGAUCAUUGUGCUAUUGUUGUUGUCCUAAGUCAAUUCAACAGUUGUUAGAACUGACAGGUGCUGUCAAAAUGAACUGCUAUUAG